CCGUCUCCUCAUCGCUACUAAAACCCUGACUUUCUAGAACGGUCAUUUACAUCUUCAAUGGCAACAACGAUGAGAAAACUCAGCCGACUCGCUACCACGGCCCGUGCGGCGGCGUCCUUCUCUGCCUCCGCUACCUCUCGCCGCGCGAUAGAUUUUGAAACGACUUUGUAUGGUAGCCGGUGUAGCACUUAUUCCAACGCACACCACUCUCACUGCUUUUCAACGCUCGAUAAGGCCAUCGGCGGGAACAUUUCCUAUUCCUCGAUCGCCUCAGCUGCUCGAGAGCUCCACGAGAAAGAUCUACCGCACUCUAAUACGAAUUACGCCCCUAAAGACGUCGUUCUUUACCAAUACCAAGCUUGCCCUUUCUGCAACAAGGUUAAAGCAUUCCUUGAAUAUCAUGAUAUUCCAUACAAAAUUGUGGAAGUCAAUCCCAUCAACAAAAAGGAAAUCAAAUGGUCUGAUUACAAGAAGGUGCCAAUAUUGAUGGUAGAUGGUGAACAAAUGGUUGACUCUACAGAUAUCAUUGACAAAAUGUUUCAAAGAAUGCAUCCUGACUCUGUCUCUGAGGAUGAGGAAACUCAGAAGUGGCGUGGGUGGGUGGACAAUCACUUGGUGCAUGUAUUAUCACCAAAUAUAUACAGAAGUCCCUCUGAAGCUCUUGAAUCAUUUGAUUACAUCACUAACCAUGGUAAUUUCAGCUUCACUGAAAGGCUAGUAGCAAAGUAUGCUGGAGCUGCAGCUAUGUAUUUUGUAUCAAAAAAACUCAAGAAAAGACAUAAUAUAUCUGAUGAACGUAAAGCUUUGUAUGAAGCUUCAGAAGCAUGGGUGGAUGCUUUGAAUGGAAGACAAUAUCUUGGAGGUUUAGAACCAAAUUUGGGUGAUCUUGCUGUAUUUGGUGUUUUGAGACCAAUUCGCUACUUAAAAUCAGGAAAAGAUAUGGUGGAGAAUACACGUAUUGGGGAAUGGUUUACUAGAAUGGAGAAUGAAAUGAAGCCUCAUCGUGACACAAGUUUUCAAGAAGCAUAAAUAGCUUUAUAUCUUUUUUAACUUGUUUUUCAAUGUUUUAUAAAUGAGAAAAAUAAAGGUAACAGUUUUGAAGAUGAUGGGAAAUUAAUAAUGGUUAUAUUUGUAUUGCUUAAUAAGUUAUAACAUAGUUAUGAUAUGUUAAUGA